AUGUCCGCACAACCCGACAAAAACGAGGCCCGAACCGAACACUAUGGCGCCCCAACUUAUGACGACCUUCCGGAGGUCGUACAGCCUGAUACCUCUCCACAGGUCACUUCUUCUUAUCAAGCCGAAUACUCCCAAAGAUUGAACGACGCCAAUGCCAAGUACCUUGUCGGCUACCAAGAGUACAGUGAAUCAGAUCAAUUUCCACAGGCGAUGAGUCAACCCGACGUCAGCCUGAAGGAUGACGGCCGGGUGAAGCACGAACUCCCUUCAGUCAAAUAUGACUCUUCACCGAGCGUCGAGGAGCAGAAUCCGAAGAAGGCGGGAGGGAGCGGAAGUAUUUUAGGCUUGAAGCGGAAUACAUUCAUCAUCAUCGUUGUGGCCUUAAUUGUCAUUAUUGCAGCGGCCAUAGGCGGCGGUGUUGGUGGCUCGCGAGCUGCUGCUGCAUCGAAAUCGUCGAACUCGAUAGAAUCACCAGAUAAUACAUCCACGACAGUGACAGCAAGCACCACCUCGCAGAGUUCUGCGUCAUCCACGUCCUCGAUACCGGUUCCAACCGAGACCUUCCUCAACAACGCAACCGACUCGGGCAACAAAUUCGCCUUUCAAAGCUUCUCAGAACAAAACUAUAAUGGCAACCACACGGGCCUCCUCCGCGAUACCGGCAAGUCUGAUAUUGGUUUCAACGCCCAGAGCUUCGUUUGGAAACCAGUCAAGACAAAUUGCUGCGUCACACUUUGCCUCAAUGACACUUUGCGUGUGGGCUGGACAUGUGAUGAAUUAUACAAGACAAAGGUCACGGAGACUUUUCUUAGCAUCUAUGUUUGGUGUGGCGAGGAGCGCGAUGCAGACGGCACGAAUGCUAUUUGUAGUACGGGAAAAGGACCAACUACUCAUACUUGA